CCUGAGGUGUCAGGCCAGGGGGUGCGGUGGAUGUGUUCUCCUGGUUUCUGGCCGCUGGUGCUGGGUAGGGUUCCGAGCCUCCGGCACGCGCUUUGAGUCGCAUUUGAGGAGGGGGGGCGGGGAGGAACCUGCGGCUUGCGGCCCCGCCCCCUUCUCCAGCUUGCCGGUGAGUGGCAGAACCCGCCUCCUCCUCCCGCCGGCCCUGGGGCAGCGUCCCCGGGGUAACUCAGUAGUCCAGGCCUGAGCUUCUGCCCGCAGGUGUCGGCGCCAAGACUCCAUGGUGGGUUUUGGGGCCAACCGGCGGGCUGGCCGCCUGCCCUCCCUCGUGCUGGUGGUGCUGCUAGUGGUAAUUAUCGUCCUUGCCUUCAACUACUGGAGCAUCUCCUCCCGCCACGUCCUGCUCCAGGAGGAGGUGGCCGAGCUGCAGGGGCAGGUCCAGCGCACCGAGGUGGCCCGCGGUCGUCUGGAGAAGCGCAAUUCAGACCUCUUGCUCUUGGUGGACACGCACAAGAAACAGAUUGACCAGAAGGAGGCCGACUACGGCCGCCUUAGUAGCCGGCUGCAGGCCAGGGAAGGCCUGGGGAAGAGAUGCGAGGAUGACAAGGUUAAACUACAGAACAACAUAUCCUAUCAGAUGGCAGACAUACAUCAUUUAAAAGAGCAACUUGCUGAGCUUCGUCAGGAAUUUCUUCGACAAGAAGACCAGCUUCAGGACUACAGGAAGAACAAUACUUACCUUGUGAAGAGGUUAGAAUAUGAAAGCUUUCAGUGUGGACAGCAGAUCAAGGAAUUAAGAGCACAGCAUGAAGAAAAUAUUAAAAAGUUAGCAGACCAAUUUUUGCAGGAACAAAAGCCAGAGGCCCACAAAAGUCAAUCAAAUGAUGGAAAAGAAUUGGGUAUAAAUGAUCAUAUAGUACCUAAAAAUAACCCAAAAGAAGCUGAGAAUGCUGCAGAUAAAAAUGAAGAGCCCUCAAGCAAUCAUAUUCCAAACCCUCAUGGGAAAGAACAAAUCAAACGAGUUGGUGAUGCAGGGAUGCCUGGAAUAGAAGAGAAUGACCCAGCAAAGGUUGAUGAUCUUCCCGCUG